GAAAAUUUAAUGUAUUGCAUUGAAAUAAUUAUUAAUUGUAAUUUGCAAACCGAAAAAUUAAGAAACAAUUAGUGGGAAAGUUGAACCAGUAGCAAGAGCUCAACUGGAAAGUGGGUGGGAUUGUGCAAAGGGGCCGACAGCGUUGUGCAGAGAAAAAAUCGCAUUUUUCAUAAAGUGAUUGUCACUAGCGUUGGCGUUAGCGACUACGGACAAAUGCAAAACAAACGUGGAAAUAAAUAAUAAAACAAAAGUUUCGCCAGUGCAACAGAAUAAGUUAUUCCAUAGUAAGCUAAGCAAGUUUGUAAGCGGACAUGCCGAACCGAAGACAAUGUGGUUACAUGGGAUUGCUGAUUUCACUUCUACUGGGAACAUUGACCACAGUGGCAGCUUAUUAUGUCGAAGUUAAGAGCACCGGUUCAUCCGUCAUUGGUGGCACGGUGAAUUUCAGUGCUGUGUUAUACGAAGAUGGGCAAGUGGCGAGCAAAGGGGAUUACCAGUUUAAUUGGGAAGAUAAUACACCUGCCGCAAAUCUUGUGCAACUGAACAGCCAGAAUCCCUACAGCAAUUGGUCCAUAACAUAUCCGAUGAACACAACAAAACCCGGGGAUUAUCGGGCAACCGUAAAGGUUGACAAAAACUAUGUUUUCUGGAUAAAUAUAGCCACCAAUCAUGUGGAUUUCAAACUGGACGAAUCGCUGGGCGGCGAACUGCGGCUACUGCAAAACGCUACCAAGCGCAAAAACAAUUUUGUAUCCAUAGCGAAGCCAGUCAACCACACGGUGCAAUUACGGCCAAACGAUGCAAAAUUUCUCGCCGAUAAGGCCUAUGAAGUGCAAACGUAUUGGUUCCGAAACUGCACUUAUAUAGGCGUGGUUAAUGGACUGGAUUAUGUGGCGCAGUACACUGAACCGGAGGAGAGUUAUAAAAUUGAGGCAUUGGUCGUGGCAACUUUUGAAAAACCGCCUGAACCAACAACUACCACAACAACCACUACGACUACGACGACUACCACAACAACUACACCAAAACCUACAACGACAACACCUACAACAACCACUAGCAGCAGCACCACCACUACAUUGAAGCCCAACACCAGUACAACAACACCCAAAGUGCCACCGGCAAACUCAAAUUCAACAGCAACAACUCCGACGUCUACGCAUCGUCGUCGACGCGGUGCAGCCUCGCCAAUAUCAUUAACGUCGCUUGUUGCAAAUAAACCAUUAGCGGCCAAUCCAACAGUGCAGCAUACUGCAGCCGCACCACUUAAUGCGAGUAUUCCGGUGAAUGGAUCCACCAUCGCUACAAAUAACACAUCAGCGUCUAAAAAGAUUGCAUUGCCCAUACUUAUGUCACCACUGUCGAUGGACGAAGAACCGCCCUAUAACUGUGCCACUGAGCAGUUUUUACAGAGAGAUCCUAAAAAGCUAUAUGGCCUAUUCAAGCACUAUGUCUACACAAAAGCACCCGUAUCCGACUUCAAGGCUAAUGGUCAAAAUUGGCUACAACGUGGUGAUAUGCUGCGCCUUCAAGUAAAUUGUAAAGGCUCUGCUUCGCUGGAAAUGUGUAUUCAGGUGUUCAAUGCGCCUUAUAACGCCACCGGCAAUGAGACUUGUCGCUACUAUUUCCCGCUGGAUAAAUGCGAAUAUAAUUAUACACGUUUUUUCCUUGAGAGCAAAACAGUUCUAUUUUUCCUACGCAAUGAAGUCUCUGAGAAGUUGAAUCAGGUCACCAUCAACAUUUACGAAGCAAAAGUGCAAUCACAAUUGUCCGUGGUGGUGGUGCCUGUGUCAUUCACUUUGAUCGCUGUAAUAUUAAUAGUUUUCGGAGUUUCUUACUACAUACAAUCACGAAAUCGCUUCACAGUAGAGGUAGCCGAUUUCAAUUUUGGAGAAACGCAAUCUCUCGAUAUGGAGUAUAAAACGUUUCAGCAACGACUCGUCGACAGCAUACGCGAAGUGUGGCCAUGGCGGCGACGUUAUAGCGAAUUCGGCUCUGACAUGGAUCCAGAACUAGAUCACAAUGGAGGUAUUGGUGGCACAUUUGAUAAUAGCGAGCAGCAUGCUGCUAUCGUUGAAAGUGGAGAAAAUGAAAGAAAUGCUACAACAACAACAAGCGCCGCCAAUGGCAAUGCAACUAUCGAUAGCAAUCUCAGAUAUAAUUCGAUGACUUAAAGAUAAAAUAAUGAAAUAGUGAUUUAUUUUUUUCUUAAAAUUUUUAAAAAAGUUUGAAUUUCGAUCGCAAUUUGUAUGUUAAGUAUUUGUAGCAAGCAGAAAGCGGUAAAAGAAUAACUUUUGCGGCGAAGAUUGUUGCAAUUUAACUAACAGGAAUAAAAUAACGAAUGAAGAUUUUUUUUUCUUUUUAAAAAAUGUAAAUGUACGUACUACAUACAUAUCUGAAAUUUAUUAUUUUUUUUUUUGCUAAUUGCUAUAUAUUUUUUGCAACUAUUUCAUAAGCUGUAACACGAAGUUCUCAGUUUUUUUUUAACAAAUCCGCAGAAGUUCGUGUUUCAAACACUCUUUAUUUGUAUUUUGUGAUUACAUAUUUAUAUUUACAUAUUCUCACACUAUUUAUACGAUUUUUUUUUUGUUAUUUUUGCUAGUAUUUAUCAGUAUAUGUAGUUUGUAUAUACAUUUAUUAACCGUUUAUUAUACGAACAUCCCUUUACACCUACAACUUUAUUGUAUUACUUAUUAUAAUUGUUAUUAUAACAUACGACUAUGCACAUAAAACAUCAAUUUCAUUGAAAACUUAAAAUAUAAAAACCAAAAAUUAAAAACGAAAGAUGAGCAAAAAUUCAAUUUCCGUAUUUGCCAAAUUUGUCCAAUCAAUUCAAAAUGCUUUGCAAAUUUUAUUGCAAGCAUGGCAUGGCUCUUUUAUACAAAUAACAGUUUUUUUAAUGCCUUACUUGCUGUAAGACUGCAACAUUUUUUGAAAGAAAAAUAAAGUGAACAAGUUAAGCCUAUAUUAGUGGUGAAAAAAUGUGCAUAGAACAGUAAAACUGCCUAUUUCAGGCAAACAGUGUAUGACCACUUUAUAAGCGAGUUUGCAUCUGUCGAAACAGGUAAAUGUCUAAAGUUAUCGAUAUCCAGCUAAUGAGGUACUCAUUGGAAAUUGCAUCAUCGAUAAUGCGUACAAUAUUUUUCCAUUGCACAUUUUUACUACAGUUUACUAAACAAUUUCGCUUUGUGGUAUUCGUUUGUGAUAAUAAGUGAGAGAAAAUUAUGAAAAUAUUCAAAUAUGCUUUAUAAAUACCACUUUCUAUGCAAGGAAGUGCACACACAAAUGCAUCACACAAAUAUCACACAUAUACAUACCUACAUACACACCUAUUUAGACUAGAGCAAAGUCAGUUAUAUGGUAAUAGAAAAAAAUAAUAAUUUUAAAUAUGUAUAUAUUUUUACAAAUCUGUCCCUGUCUUAUCUUUAUGAUAUACACACGACAAGAUCCUCGAACACAUACAUACACACAUGCAUUGCAUUACAAAUGCAACGAUUACUAAAUUCGAUUUUGUUACCACACAAAAAAAAAAA